AUGACAAAUAAAGUUCCAGCCUUAAUUACACUUGGAGUGGAUAGAUAAGAUCUAUUAAAAUUUGAUGAUAAGAUGCAAUUAGGCAAUGAUGAAUUCAAAAUUUCAGGUGUGAAAAUUAGUCUAAAUGAAAACUAAAUAUGCGGAAUCUCUUUUACUUACUAAAAUAUUAAAAAUGGAAGAAAAAUAAUAUGUAAUGAUACUUGCAUAACUGGUAAAAACAUUAGUCAAUAUGAAUUCGAAAUAGGUCUAAGUAAUAAUAAAAUUUAAAUUCAGAUGAUUACAUUUAGGUCCUUUUCGGAUAUUACGAAUCUGGAAUUACUUAAUUAGGAAUAAUAACUUAUAAGGGAUAACAAGCCAUCUUUGGAAAGGAUUAAGGUUAUAAAUUUAGUUAUAUGUUCAUGGGAUAUACCUUUACCGCAAGUUCUGGUUCUUAUAAAAAAGGAUGCUUAGAAUCUCUAACUUUCAGAGUUGCCAAGCUACCUCGAGACUUUCUAGCUUAGCAAGUAUGUCAUUUAUAUACUAUCUAGUUUACUCCUUUACUUGAAAUCAUCUACCCAGAUAAUCCAUAUGAAAAUAUUGUUCUAACUAAUUUUGAGCAAGAAUCCUAAUAAUAAUAUGAAUAACAACCUUAGACUGUGAUGUAACCAGUGGUUUCAUCUGAAAUAAUCUACUCAAUGAAACAAAAUUAGACACCAUAAUUAUAAUAAGGUUAUCCAGUUUAAAAUCAGGCAGUUCCUCCAAAUUAGAUGCCUCCUUAUGGAAAUCAAUAUUAGUAACCUAAUUAAUAUCAAACAUACUAAUAAUAUCCAAAUAAUUAAUAAUAUUACUCUACACCAUAAUAAGGAGCCAAUUAAGUUAUUGUAGUAAAUUAACAAUAAUAACCAUAAUAAUAAUAAUAAUACUAUUAAAAAUAAGGUCCUGGAUUUGCAGGUACUAUGGCUAGAACUGCUUUAGGAACAUUUGCAGCUAUUGAAACUGUUAGGAUGAUUGAAAAUAUAGGUCAUCAUCAUCAUCAUUCAACAAAUGUUGUUGUAGUUGGUAUAAUUAUCAUUUAGAUAGUUUAGGUAAUAAACAUCAUGGACAUCACGGACAUCAUGGACAUCAUCGUCGAUGAUGAAUUAAGAAUU